AUAAUAAUUAUUAUAACACACAUGCUGCAUCCUGGAGUAAGCUGCAUGAGCAAGAAGUUAGCCUCUAUCUAAACAAAUUAUACACUAAAGCCAUGUCCAGUAAGGAAGAUAUCUCAAUGUCUGAAUGCAAGGAUGCUUUGCCUAACAAUGAUGUUGCAGCUAAGGAUGACGUAAGCACUGAUAAGAACGGAGGACCCAUCAACAAUGAAGACAAAUAUGAGGAAAUCCGAAAAGCAGCAGCCUCUCUGACGCCAAAAUCUAGACGAAAAAUUAAUGAAGUGCUGACUGAGAUAGAAUCAACAACUCCAGCAAAAUCGAUUUCCAUUCUUUUAACUGGAAAAACUGGUGUUGGCAAAUCCACUCUAACAAAUGGAAUCUUGGGAUUGAAAGUUGACGAUGAUCGUGCAGCAAAAGAGGGUGGAAGCAUUAAGGCAAGGUGUACUACUGAAGUAACAAUGUAUCGACAGAACAGAAAUGGAGUCUCGAUAACUGUUUGGGACAGCCCUGGGCUACAAGAUGGUACCACGGACCAAGAUCAAUAUCUUCAGCAGAUCAAGCUCAAAUGCUCACAACUUGAUCUGACGAUGUAUUGUAUAAAUACGAUUGAGACGAGGUUUGUUCGAGGCCGUGAAAAUCCAGACGUGGUAGCAAUGGAAAAGCUCACGAAAGAAUUCGGCUUCAAAUUUUGGAAAAAUACCAUCAUUGUCCUGACAUAUGCCAACACAAUGGAAGCAUUCAAUGUGGAAUGGGAUGAUUUAUCUAAGAAAAAUAAAGCCAAGGCAUUUGAAGCGAAAAUACAGGAAUGGAAAGAUCAGAUAGAAUUAAUUUUGAUUGAUGAUAUCAAAGUACCACAGGAAAUAGUGCACGGCAUUAGGAUAGUUCCAGCAGGGCACGCUAGGAGGCCAAAUUUACCAGGAAUUGAAUACUGGCUUACGCAUCUCUGGUUUCAAUGCGUUUGGACAAUGCCAACCGAGGGGGCACGAAUCGCUAUGGUGAAGAUUAACGAGAAGCGAAUGAAAAAUGAAGAUGAUGUAACAGCAGAGGAUUUUAAGAAAUCAGCAGAUCAACAGCCACUUGUAGUGGGCGGUAGUAGUGUAAUGAAAAUUGUAGCAAUCAGUGGAACAGGUGGAGGUGCGGCUGGUGCUUCGGUUGGUGCUUUGAUUGGGCUGAUUGGUGGUCCGGCAGGUGCUGCUCUCGGUGCAACAAUUGGUGGUUUAGUUGGAGCGAUGGUAGGUGGAGGUGCAGGAGGAAUAUACAAACACGUUACAAGCUGAAGAAAACUUUUGUAAAAUUACUUCUUAGCGUACAUGUCUAUGUCAAUACUAAAGAGAUAUGCAUGCUGUGUAUGAUAAUUAUAAUUAUGCUGUGUAUAAUUUGCCUAUAAUUAUAACCCUAUAAUUAUGCAUAACAUUAUUUAUAUAUUA